AUGUCUACAGAAGCCUUUCGCAAAGGUGCUCAAAUGAAGAAGUGCCACCUCUCAAAAUACAAGUCCCUGCCACCCCAGGAACUUGUGACCUUCAAGAAUGUCAAGGACAGAUUUGAGGACAUCAUGCUGUUGUCAGACCGAAAAUGCAACACCAAGAUUUUCCACCGAAACUGGGAAGUCAAAGAGCUGUCGGUGCACGACAGAGUGAUCCUGGUAAAGGAGGAGCUGCACCUCAUUAUUGAUGUGCUGGAGAACAUUGGGGAUUCCAGUCUGUCUGAGCUGCUCGGGAGGCCAUUAGAAAUUCUGAAACAAAUCAGAGAGGACUUGAAGAGCUGUACCAGACAUCAGCCUGACAACCAUCAACGCUCCAGGAGGCUGACUAGCUGGCUCCAAAAAUUCCACGCAGCCAAGAAGAUGGAAACUCCAGGAUGCCUGGAAGUAUCUGUGGUCCUCAAUCUCUUCCGACUGCUGAAUGAAGACUUGAAGUGUGCAGCCUUCAUGGAGUCCUGCACCUAAACACCAGGUCUUUACACCGUCUCACCUCAUGCAUCUAAUCAGACACUGCAGA